AUGGGAAUUCACGGUCUGUUCAAACUCAUGUCUGAUAAUGCCGCAACGGCAAUCACGACUCGCGAAUUUAAAAACCUUGUUGGCAGAAAAGUAGCCAUUGAUGCAUCCAUGUCACUCUAUCAAUUUCUUAUUGCAGUGCGUCAAGGUGAUGGUCAACAAUUGACAGACAGCUCUGGUGAAACAACCAGUCAUUUGGUGGGCAUGUUUUACCGUACUUUACGCAUUGUUGAGAAUGGAAUUAAGCCAGUAUAUGUUUUUGAUGGCAAACCUCCAGAUCUCAAAGGUGGUGAACUUGCCAAGCGUCUGGAACAACGUGAAAAGGCGCAAAAGGCAGCCGAGGAACUGAAAGAAACAGGAACUGCAGAACAAAUCUCAAAGUUUGAACGACGCACAGUCAAAGUCACUCGUCAACAAAAUGAUGAAUCUAAGCGGCUGCUCAAACUUAUGGGCAUUCCUUAUAUUGAAGCUCCUGGUGAGGCCGAAGCCCAAUGUGCAGCACUAGCAAGAGCUAAAAAAGUAUAUGCUGCAGCAAGUGAAGAUAUGGAUACACUGACGUUUGGAGCGCCUGUAGUACUGCGGUACUUGACUGCGGUGGAAUCUAAAGGAAUACCCAUUACAGAGAUUACAUUAGAUACGGUUUUGCGAUCGUUAGAGCUUGACCAAGACCAAUUUAUUGAUUUGUGUAUUUUGCUUGGGUGUGAUUACUGUGAGUCGAUUCGAGGUGUGGGGCCCGUGACAGCUUUUAAGCUCAUCAAGGAAUACAAAUCUUUGGAGAAAAUAAUAGAGCACAUUAAAAGCAAUCCAAAGAGUAAGUAUAAAGUGCCUGAGGAUUGGCCGUAUGAAGCUGCACGUGAACUGUUUAAACACCCAGACGUUCAAGAAGCUUCCAAGCUGGAGAUCAAGUGGACACAGCCAGAUGUGGAGGGUCUAGUUGAUUUCCUUGUUAAAGAAAAGGGGUUUUCGGAGGCACGCGUACGCAAGGGAGCCGAGAAGCUGACCAAGGAGAAUACUGGAGCAAUGCAGGGCCGAUUAGAGGAUUUUUUCAAAAUCAAGUCAGCGCCGCAGAGCGGCAAGGACCUUAAGAGUGCAAACAAGCGGAAAAAGGCAGCAGAGGAUGCAAAGAAGAGUAAUAAACGUGUCAAGGUGACUCGAAAGAAAUAA